AUGGAUCCCAAUAACCCCUUUUACUCAAUACUUUCUCAAAAUUGUAAUGAUUUAGAUGAGAAUUUCAUGAAUCAACCUCAAUUUCAACUUUUCCUACAAAGAUUGAGCAACACCUCUCUGCAAAAUCCUCCACAACAACAAAUACCUCCACAACUUGAAAUACCUCCACAAAUUCCAACUGAAAACACUAAUUACGAGCAAUCACCUCAUGUCUACCAAGGAAGUAACUCUCAGUACGAUGAUAGCCAAGAAGAAAAUGUGCCUGAGACACCUCAAUACCCUCCGUCGACUCAAAGAAUGCGGGUGGGUUCCAACCAACAACUCGCUAAAGCUAGUUGUAUUUGGUCAGUCGCAGAAGAUGAAGCUCUUAUUGGGCUAUAUUUAAAAUACAGUGGAAAUGCGAUAGUGGGUACGGGCAUGAAAGUAGCUGAACUUUGGCGACAAAUAUCUGCGGCAUACGACAUGGUUCAAGCUAAGAAGCCAGAAAUACUACCACCCAGAAAUGCGAAGAGUUUGGAGAACCGUUGGAGAAGGAUGGCGACAGAUGUAUUGUUAUGGACAAGUUGUUAUGAUGAAGCGGGUCCGUUAACUGGAAGUGGAUUCAACGAAGUUGGUCGAAUUCAAAAGGCCUCGAAGUUGUUCCAUAUAUCAGCCAAACCACCACACAAUUUUGUUUUUUCCCACGCUUGGGAAAUGAUAAAGAAUGACCCAAAGUGGAGGCCGAAACUCAGAUGGGCAUUGUCACUAAAGGAACGACAGGAUUGUCAACUGCGUCCGAAAGGGGACACCGAGGAUAUCAGUGGAAGUGGAAAGAGAUCGAGAACUGACAGUGAAGCUGAAGGAGAUGUUCCCGUUGGUGGGUUUUCAUCAGGAGGUAUACCCAGAACCGACGGGGUAAAAAAAGCAAAGGCUAAGCGUAAGGGAAAAGCUAUUGCUCAUGAUAGUGCAAUUUUAAGUAUUGGUGAACAGAUACAGGCUUGUACUGAAGUUAGAAGCUUUGAGGCAAAUUUACGGCAGCAAAGGUUGGAGCUUGAAAGGGAAAAGGAAAAGAGGAAAAACAAACAGGUCGAAUUACAAGAGAAGAAGAUGAAAUUUGAUAUGUUGCAAGCAAUUAUGUCAAAAACGACGCCACUUACACCAACUGAAGAAGCGUGGAAGGAGGAACUAAUUCAAGAAGUGUAUGGUGGAAAGUAG